GGGCCAACAAUCUACACUUCAUCAGUAUCGCUCAGUCUCGCAAAAGCCAUCAAUCUAGAAUUGCAUUAGCCAAUAAUGGCUCACUACAAGGUUGAAGAAAUUGCUGCUCCAAAAUUGGACUUGGGCGAAGGACCUCACUGGGAUGCCAAGUCUCAGAGUUUGUAUUUUGUCGACAUGUUCCAGGCAGGCAUUUAUCGGUGGGAUUAUCACAAAAAUAAAACUUUUGGCGCGACAGUAGAGGGCUGCACAUGGGCAUCGUUCAUCAUUCCGGUGAAAGGGAGCAGCAACCAGUUCGUCGUAGGGGAUGGAACUCGUUUUGUAUUGAUUACCUGGGAUGGAAUCUCUGACAAAGCGAAAAUUGUGAAAGUCAUUGCCGAUCUCGGCGAGGCGGACAAGACCAAUCGCUUCAACGAUGGAAAAGCGGAUUCUAAAGGACGAUUGUUUGCCGGCACGCUGAAAGCGGAGCAGUGUGGUAAUCCGUUCGAGAUUAAUUCGGGCAAAUUUUUCCGUUUCGAUGCAAAGAACGGGAAGUUCGUCGAGCAGUUCGAUAAGGUUUUCAUCUCUAAUGGUCUCGCAUGGAAUGAUAAAACCAGAAAAUUCUAUUAUGCCGAUACGGGAGCGUACGAUGUUAAAGAGUUCGAUUUCGAUGGGAAUGGUGAUUUGAGUAACGGAAAAGUGUUCUUCGACAUGACGGGAUCUAGCAAAGAACCCAAAGAAGCCCCGGAUGGAAUGACGAUUGAUACUGAGGGAAACAUUUAUCUGGCUGUGUUUCAUGGAUCCAAGGUUUUGAAAAUUAGUCCAAGUGGACAACUGGUGCAAGAGAUAACCAUUCCGGCAAAACAGGUUACUUCAGUUGCGUUUGGUGGGCCUAACUUAGAUGAACUAUAUGUAACAACAGCUAAAAUUCCAUUUGUCGAACCACAAGGACCACUCGCAGGUGCAACCUUCAAAGUUACCGGUCUAGGAGCAAGAGGUUUUCCAAUGACGGACGUAGAUCUGUAGCUGAUAGUCAAAUGAAGGCGGAGAAUUGCACUGUAGCGUGCUAUUUUGGAAGUCGUUCCAGUAUUUCAGUGUGAGAAUAUAGAAAAGAUUCUAUUAAAUGUUAUAAAGGUGACUUCGUGCAAUAAAUCAUCUAGUCCAGGCUUAGAAAAGAUAAAGUAUGAAGACUA